AUGAUCUCUGCUCCAGCUCUUGCUAAGAGAUAUGGCUGCCAGAUGAGCGAACUCGCCAAGAUCCCUAAUGAGGACAAGAUCUGGACAUACUCCUGCGAGUAUGCUGCUCAAAUCACAUCCAGCGUUUCUCUUUGCUACUCUCUUGAUGCAUUCAUCAUCGGUGGUGGCAUCGUUUCUGCAAAGGGAAGAGAAUUCUUACUCAAGAAUAUCCAGAAGCGUACUAGAGAACUCCUCAACGGCUACAUCAAGACACCAAGAAUUGAGAAAUCAAUCUAUGGCGCAGAUUCCGGUUUAAUUGGCGCUACAGCUGUUGCCCUCUAUCCAGAAGCUUUCCAGGUCAAAUAA